CACACUAAAUAGUCGAACCUCAAUUCCUCAAACAAGAACGAGACGACAAAUUUGAUUCAUGGAUUUUCUUAUAUGGGCCUAUGUUGCCAUACACAACCGAAAAGAAAAUUAAGGAAAGAGCCCAUGCUCCUUCUCGCUUUUCCCGAGAGAAAUUCUGUGCCAUUUCUGCCCAAUUCCCACCUCCCUCCCUGAACUGCAGUUUGCGCGCCUAAAAACGAAACCCUAAAUCGGUGAAGUUUAGAAUGUAACGAUCGGUUAAUCGGACCAAAAUGCCCAUAGCGUUCUAGUCCCCUUCCGCAUUCUGCUUCUGCGUUUCAAAGACUGCGGUCACCUGGAGUUUGGAUUGCAAUAUCAGAGGCGAUUGCUUGUGAGUAUUCUUCCUUUAUCGAGGGACACAAAUGAAUUCGUGUUCGUUCGAUGAUUCUGUUCUUGCUAAAUGUUUCCCAUUUCUCAUCCUUUCAUAUUAAUCAUUCUUGGGUUCCUGGAGUUCCAGAAAUCAUCAGUAGUUGCAUCCAGUAGAAAAGCUAUGGACAGCGACGACAGCAGCAGCAGCUACGUGAUAGGGCGCGCUGGAAAAAGGGCGCGCUGUGAAGAAGAAGAAGAAGAAGAAGAAGAAGAAGAAGAAGAAGAAGAAGAAGAAGAUGAUGAUGAUGGAGAAUUGGCGACUGACAGGUUAAGCCAUCUUCCGAAACCUCUCAUUUAUCAAAUCCUUUCGCUUCUUGACACGAAAUCGGCAGUCCAGACCUGCGUACUGUCCCGAAUGUGGAGAUGCGCGUGGAAAUAUGUCCCUGUUCUCAGUUUUCGUAGGGAUUCGUUUGAGCAAUACUCGAGCUUCCAGAUGUACGUGGAGGAGGUUUUGUCCCUCCGAUUCCCCGAGAGUGUCUGUACGGUAUCCUACAUUGACAACGAGAGGUUGGCGGAACGGAGAGAAAGUCUGUUUGUGAAGGUCGUAAGAUAUGCAUUAUCCCAUGGUGCUCAGCAUUUAGAUAUGGACCUGAACAAUAAAAGUGGCGUCUUUAAAAGUUGCUGUGUCUCUGAUUUGUUUGGCAUGGUCUCGAAUUGCGACCUUAGGACUCUUAAGCUUCAACGUGUGAAGAUCGAAAUAGGAUUUGAUGCUUCUGGUUUCCGGAUGCUGACAGAUUUGAAUUUGGAGCAGUGCCCGCUGGUCUCCGAGGUUGAUGGGGAAGUCGAUCCUUUUUCCGGCUUUCCCUGUCUUAAAAAUUUAGUCCUGACUGAGUGCAUCCACUCUGAUUUUGUUUUUCGCGAAGAUAAAAGGAGUUUCAAGAUAUCUGGGCCUCAAUUGCUCACCCUCGAACUGGAUUGUUUGAUGGCUAUGAGAAUGGAAAUAUGCGCACCAAAACUCGAAUUCUUCAAAGUAGGGCAUGACUUGCAGUUCUUGAAUUUUGCAAACUUGAGCAUUCCUUCCCUCGUUCAUGCUCAUCUUCGGCUUUGUGAUGGGGAGCCUUCGAGGGAGGAUACCAAGAAACAAAUCCUGCAACGUCUGAUCUCCAUGUUCCAAGGAUUUAACAAUGCAACAUCUCUCAAGCUGGAUUACCAAACCGUCCAGGUACUGAGCAAUAUCGAUUUUGAGUUUCUGGAGCGGCAACCAUCACCCUUUACGAAAUUGAAGUCCUUGAUUGUGGAAGCCAUCUCUAUACCUCACGCUCUGCUCGAUUACCUUCUUAAAGGGUCUUCUAGUAUGAAACCAAAUGUUGAGUAUGGAUACGGUCAGUGUGUUUGUUAGCUAUUUCAACAUAGCUUUUGGUUGGGAGUAACCUGUAGUAUGGCAUGUUCGUCUUUGCGUUCAGGUCAUCUUUGGAGUAGGUGUCUAUGUAAUUCACAAGACUUACUUGCUUAUCUUGACUGCAAUAUGUCUUGCACAGUCGGUUCCUUAAUAAUUCUGUCAUUUUUUUUUUUCACUCAGCAACAUCUUUCAACGUUGGAUAGCUUGAGUUCCAAUCAUGUCUGUUUAACUGAAGUUUAUGAUGAUGGUUCGUGUUCCUUAUCCUCUACUUUGUACUGCUUUUAUUGUCAAUGGCUUGGCGUUCUGAGUUUGGUGAUCCACAGUGGUUGGAAUCCACGGUGGCUUGUAUUUGGCAAGGAGCUGAGAUUGUAGAUUUGGGACACUUGAUUCAAGGGAUUUAGUGAUGGAAUUGUGCUCAACUCUAGGACUCAACAUUUUCGGACUUUUGGAGCUAAGGUAUUCGAUGGUUGAAAGUUGAAUUGUGUUAAAUUCCAUCGUAUGAAAUAAUUUUUUUUGCAUGGACAAACCAAUAAUUUGAAUCGAUGGAA